AUGACCCACCUCUUGACUCCAUCCAAUCCACCAGCAACACCCACCCAGCCUUCCCAGCCGCCUAUUUCAUCCUAUCCCCUUACUGCGUCAGCCGCAUCUAACACCUCUUUGUUUAUUUAUCGUCUUAGUUCUGAAGUGGCUUAUCUUUUGCUAUAUUUUGACGAUAUUAUACACACAGCUUCUUCUGAGCCUCUUCGCAAGUCUAUCAAGUCUCGCGUAAGCUCUGAAUUUGCUAUGAAGGAUCUUGGUCCUCUUCAUUAUUUUUUGUGCAUUGCUGUUUCUCAUAUUUCUUCGUGUAUUUUCUUGUCUCAAAAGAAGUAUGCAGUUGAUAUUCUUGAACAAGCUGGUAUGUCUGAUUGCAAACUUGCUCCCACUCCUGCUGAUACCUCUGGGAAAUUAAGUGCGCACUUUGGACCUCCUCAUGAAAAUCCCACAUUAUAUCGCUGUUCAGCUGGUGCUCUUCAGUAUCUUACCUUCGCUCAUCCGAAUAUUUCUUAUGUUGUUCAACAGAUACCACUGGUUGCGAGAUGUGAUUGAGGAUAAUCAAAUGAUAUUGAAGAAAAUUCAUACGCACAAGAAUGGUGCAGAUCUGUUGACAAAGAUUGUUCCCAGAAGCAAGGUUGAGCUUUGUAGCAAGCUUGCUGGGUUGAGCUUCAAGUGAUCAGUUAAGCAUUGUUAUCUUCUCCGUAAUGGGGCUGGAGGGGGAGAUUGUUGGAUGUCCAGCCCACUUUGGGAGUUAUAAUAUUUUUUUGGUCUUUGAAUAUUUGGACCUACCUAUUAUGACUUUGGUUAGCUUCUCUUAGAAGCUUUCACGGUUUUAUUUUAGCCUCUUCUUACAGCUACAAAAGUGGGCAGCAGUAGGCUAAAAAUCAGAAUGCAAAAACAGUAGAAUAAGAGAGAGAGAGGAGGUUGUUCAUUCAAAAAAAUUAAUUUGCACAGUUUCGAUCAACACAUCCGAUGAAGGGGAAAACGUGGUCCGAUUUGGCUCAUUUUUGAUUAUGUUGUAGGGGACAUAUAAGGUUUCAAUCUGAACGAUGGUGACCGGGUUUCAUGGUUUGGUGUGCCGGAAAUCGCACCAGGACAGUGGCUGUCUUGUUUUGGUGAAAUUCUCUUCAUUUUUCUUCUUUUAUUGUAUUUCUCUUGGUGUCGAUGGUUGAUGGUGGAUAGUGCACUUUGUUGGAUUGCUAUUGGUGCUUUUACUCUCAUUUUAUCAGAAUAAGAGUGACUUGGGUGGACUCCCUUGACUAGUCCCGUGGUUUUUAUCCUUCACACCGAAGGGGUUUUCUUUGUCUUUUGAUGCUCAUUGUUGGUUAU